AUUUCUGAAAGCCAACCACGAGAACUCCACAUGGCUGUGCGACCCUCGCCAUCUUCUCUCGAGCACUUUACUUUCCAUACGCGACCUACCAUAACAGCAAGAGCAAUAGCGAAUACCCGCUCCCAAUACAGCUACAAGGGAUAUUCGAGAGGAAAGAGCAGCUCCAGGAAGGCGGUAAUGGCGCCAAAAAUGAAAUUGCAUGGUGUUAAUGAUGAGCUGCUGAAACUUCUCGAUGCUAACAUGGACGACGUAUCGACGAGACGCCGAGUGCGGGAGGCGUUCAAAGAAAUCCAGCUCGGAAUCGAUCACAUACUGUUCAAGACACCAAGCGACGGAUUGAAGACGGAAGAGUCAUAUGAGGUCAACUCCAGAGGAUUGAGUAUAUUCUCAAAAUGCUGGAUUCCGGAGACUGUCCGUCCAAAAGCAAUGGUGUGUUAUUGUCAUGGCUAUGGAGACACCUGCACAUUUUUCUUUGAAGGAAUUGCAAGGAAGUUAGCAUUGUCAGGGUAUGGUGUCUUUUCUAUGGAUUAUCCAGGAUUUGGUCUUUCAGAAGGUCUUCAUGGCUUCAUACCAAGCUUUGACAAAAUUGUAGAUGAUGUCAUUGAACAUUACUCCAAAGUGAAAGAGAACCCGGAGUUUAGUGCUCUCCCAAGCUUUCUCUUUGGGCAGUCUUUGGGUGGAGCUGUGGCUCUCAAGGUACACCUAAAGCAACCUCAUGCAUGGACCGGUGCAGUUCUUGUUGCGCCAAUGUGCAAGAUUGCAGAUGAUAUGGUUCCACCAUGGGCACUAGCACAAAUAUUGAUCGGAGUGGCUAAAUUCCUUCCAAAGUACAAGUUGGUUCCACAGAAAAAUUUGGCUGAGGCAGCUUUUAGAGACAUGAAGCAUAGAGAACUGACAGCAUAUAAUGUCAUUGCAUACAAGCAUAAACCACGCUUGCAGACUGCAGUAGAAAUGUUGAGAACUACGCAAGAAAUAGAACGCAGAUUGAAAGAAGUUUCCCUGCCAUUACUGAUCCUGCAUGGGGAGGCUGAUACCGUAACAGACCCAUCCGUGAGCAAGGCGUUGUACGAGAAAGCGAGCAGUUCAGAUAAGAGUAUAAAACUUUAUAAAGAUGCAUACCAUUCUCUUUUAGAGGGCGAGCCCGAUGAAAUAAUAAUCCAAGUAUUUGACGACAUCAUCUCUUGGCUGAACGAGCAUUGUUAGUAACUUUUUGGACCGAGUUAUGGUCAUUCUUUCAUGAUAUGAUUUGUGUAGGGAAAGAUUUCUUUCCCUUGAAGAAAAGUUUGGAAACUAUGCUAUUGGCCUUGCAACAUCAGGAAGCUGUUGAAGUAAUGUAUUAUUUACUAUUUUUGUGAGAUGAUGUAUCAAUAACUAUUAAUUAAACGCACAGACGCUUUGAAAUUAGACACCACUUCUCUGUUUUUGGCUGAAUCAGUCUCACUUGAUUUGGGUCGAA